AUGGGCGAGGAACUUCGAACCCAAUUUGGUGCUACCUGUCACGUUCCCGCUUCGUCUUGGUCUCCGCAGCUUGGACGUAAGAACACGACUCCAAUCACAACGGUCCUAGAAGCUCUUCGUACGCUGGACGUUGUGGGCCAGAAUGCUGAGGCGAAGAGCAUUGGUGCAACGGUAAACGUCCCGUUGUUCGACUUGCUAAGUGACAUGCGUUACACCGAACUGCCAUUUGCCAUGCAAGAUGUGCACGCUGUUUGCAAAGCGUGCAGCCAGGAGGAAUUUGAGGCCAACUGCAAGGCAGACACUCAAGAAUCACGCGAAAACCAAUAUAGCGACAAUUCCUCGCGUUUCUUCGUUGCUCAAUUGGGAAUUCAAAAGCUUCGUAUAAGGCAUAGUUGUGAGUCGAAGGCGGGUGGAUGA